AUGGAUGUUAUGUUUUGCGCGGAGGGAGGUUCCAAGCCGUGUGAAGCUCCAACCCGCCCCCUCCGCGAGAGAGCGCAAGAGAAUGACGCAGGCCCAAGUCUGCCAGGUCUGCCAGGUCUGCGCAUCUCCCAGGUCUCCCAGGUCUGCUGCGCCGUCUGCGCAUCUCCCAGACACGGCGCUCUUCGCUCUUCUGCCCGACGAGGCGCGGGGUGGAAGCCGGCCGAGGCGACGGUGCCGCGGCGCCAAGCUCUCUUGGCCGAUCUAAUGUUCACUCCCGCAGAGAAAAUCCCAAUGCCAAGUUACCGCAAGUUAAGUUAUCUACACGAGUCACUCCGCAAGCCACUGCGCAAGUCACUCCGCAAGUCACUCCGCAAGUCACUCCACAAGUCACUCCGCAAGUCACUCCACAAGUCACUCCGCAAGUCACUCCACAAGUCACUCCGCAAGUCACUCCACAAGUCACUACACAAGUCACUACACAAGUACUACACAAGUCACUCCGCAAGUUACUACACAAGUACUACACAAGUCACUCCGCAAGUUACUACACAAGUACUACACAAGUCACUCCGCAAGUCACUCCACAAGUCACUCCGCAAGUCACUCCACAAGUCACUCCGCAAGUCACUACACAAGUACUACACAAGUACUACACAAGUCACUACAACACGCAAAAACUUCCCCAUCACCGCCCAGCCUUGGCGCCCUCUUGGCACUCUCUUGGCGUCCCUGGUGGAGCGGGGUCAUGUGACCCAGCUGCAAUAUGUGGGACAAACAAGGCCGUCAUGGAGACGCAGCAUGCCGGCCCAGCCACCAGCCACCAGCCAGCACGCAAAAGCUGAGGGAAACACUCCACCCAGCGCCGUCUGCUCGUCUUGUCGGCGGGCGGACGCCCACCAAGCUGGAACGGUCGAGCAAAAGCCCGUGAGACGCGAGGCGGUUUCUCGAUUAGCCCUGGCCCCUCCGGCCGCCAGCCCUCCCCAGUUCCCGAGAGCACAAGGGCCUCACACCUCCGCUCGCCGUUGGGCUGACAAGUCGCGGCGGAACCAGGCCCUCGCCCGCCUUGGCCACGAGUGCGACAGAGUGCGUUAG